UUUUAAGGUGUCAAGCGUGACGUAAGUAACAUUCUUACUUUUAAAAGCGGGUCAUAUAUGGAUUCUGUUUAAGCUGGGAUUUAUAUAUUGUAUUAAGUAUUUUAGCGAAGUUUUCUUUAUUGAACACAAUCAAACCGGGACCAAGGGUGCUCAGGAUGACGAACGUAUUAUUAACUUUUGUUUCUAUUUGAAAUGCUUCCUGGAAAUCAUAUGGUUUUUAAAGAAGAACCGAUUUGGGAAGAUGGAGCGCUAUUUUUCAUUGAAUUUUUUCUGAAAGCGCCGCGUGAGAAAGAAAUGGAGAAUAUUACUGCAACCAAAGGCAAUCAGACAUUGAUGACCUGGACCGAGAACAGCACCGAAUUCAAGGUGGUAAGCGUCCUCUUGGUAGCCAUAAUCUGUGCUGUUGGCAUCAUAGGCAACAUUAUGGUGAUCUUGGUGGUCCUCACUACCAAACACAUGCGGACUCCCACUAACUGCUAUCUGGUGAGCCUGGCCGUAGCUGACCUCAUGGUGCUGACCACGGCUGGACUGCCCAAUAUCACCGAUAGCCUGUACGGACACUGGGUGUAUGGUUAUGUUGGGUGUCUCUGCAUUACGUAUUUUCAGUACCUGGGAAUCAACGCUUCCUCCUGUUCCAUCACCGCCUUCACCAUCGAGAGAUACAUUGCCAUCUGUCACCCGAUGAAAGCCCAGUUUUUAUGCACUCUCUCACGGGCCAAAAGGAUCACUGUGGUCGUCUGGGCUCUUACUUCUCUUUACUGCGUCAUGUGGUUUUAUCUGGCCGACACUAAAGAAGACUUUAAUGGAAAUUUCACCAUAGUUAAGUGCGAGUACAAAAUUACGCGCAACCUGUACUUGCCCAUAUAUUUCGCCGAUUACGCCGUAUUUUACGUCUUUCCUUUGAUUUUGGCCACUAUUUUGUACGGGCUGAUUGCGAGGAUACUUUUCCUAAACCCACUCCCUUCGGAUCCCAAGGAAAAUGUCAAAAAGUGGAAUAGAGAGUCAUCCAAGAGAAACAAGAUCACUUUGAAAAACUCAAACUGUUCCGGUAACACUACGGCGGCCUCCCGUAGGCAGGUGACGAAGAUGCUGGCGGUGGUGGUGGUCGUCUUCGCCCUGCUCUGGAUGCCCUACCGCACGCUGGUGGUGGUGAAUUCCCUGCUGAAACAUGCAUACCUGGAUACCUGGUUCCUACUCUUCUGCCGAAGCUGCAUCUACCUGAACAGCGCCAUCAACCCAGUGAUCUACAACGCCAUGUCGCAGAAGUUCCGAUCGGCUUUCCGCCGGUUGUGCGGCUGCGCGGGGGACGCUGUGGCCAGCGGCCAUCGCUCGGAGAGGCCCACCGCCUGCAGUGUGGCACUCACCUACAGUGUCGUCAAGGAGAUCUCCAACGACGACAGCCCCGAUCACCUUACCACUGACAUGGAAGACAUGGCCGCCAACACCAGCUUCCUUCCCAGCAGGGAUCCAAGCUGUGGUUUCUGAGCUGGCGAGGUCAUGUCUGACAGCCUGACCAGCAUGCUCACAUGUGCACUGAUGAUUGAUUGAUCUGUUGACCACUGUCACUGUUAUAAUGUGACCGUAUGAUGCACUUUGAUUGCCUGUUUAUUUCUUUGAGACAUUUCUUAAAAGGGAUUCUCCCACAUCUACAUGUUAGAAAAAGAGUGUCAGUUUGUACCUUUGCUUGUCACUGGAGCUUGUACCCUUGAGGUUUUGCCAAUUGUACCCUUAGCUGUAACAUCCCCAAGGUACAAACAACAUUAAUGUACCAUCAAUGGUACAAAAAUGUUCCAUUUCUGUGUCUUUAAAAGUUCCGCCCCAGUGACAAAGGUACAAAUUGGUACUCCUUUUUUUCUGACAGUGUAGGGUUGUGGGUUUGAAUCCCACCUCCACUCCUUGCAUGUUGCACGUUUUCACAUUUUCCUUAUGUUGGAUGGGUUUUCUUCAGUAGCUGGUGUCUCUAAUCUUCCCCUUAGUUUAUAAUCAUGUGUGUGUGUGUGUAUGUGUGUGUGUGUGUGUGUGUGUGUGUGUGUGUGUGUGUGUGUGUGUGUGUGUGUGUGUGUGUGCCUGCAAUUGGCUAACAUUCCAUCCGGACUGUACCCCUGCCUUGUGUCCUGGGCUGCCUGUGACAAAAUAUACAUAAAAAGUAUAUUUUUUCAUAAAUUUUUGGUUUCUAUUUGAAAAAGUUGCAGUACUUGUUAAUGGUACUUCUGGCUUGAAAUUUUAUUUAAUUGGGCAUGACGCUAGUUGUAAUUGCAUUCUGGCUUAUUAUUCUGAGGUUCAACAAGGACACUGUGGUGACACCUACUGGUUGGGACAGGGUGGUACAGUGUAGACUAUUCUCCUUUGGCAUUUAUACCCUGCCUCCGACAGGGGGCUGCUUGCCGCCCUAUUUUCUACCGCCAGUGUUGGGGGCUACUGAGCAUGGGAAUCGGCUCCCUUUGAGAGCUUCGUUAUGGAACUUUGUGCAGCUUCAAACAGAAAACGUCACAAAAGGUAGGAGGUGGAAGGUGGCGAUCGUGAAGAUAACACUAACAGCUGUAAUGAGGCGCCCCCCCACAUGCCUUGACGGUAACUUAAAGCUCUCGUUCUUCUCCAGAGUGUUACAUCAUUGGUGGAGUUUGCCUUCUGUUCUAUGCUGGCUGUUUGCACCUUUGCAUAAGCAGUUUGUUGGUAUCCAUAGACAAAACAAUGGCUCUUAUGUACAUUAACAUAUAGGGUAAGUAAGAUACAUUAAUUUUUUAUUUUUUUUUGCAAUUGGGCAUGUAUAGUGUAAAGAUCAAACUCCACUUAUGGUUUCACUGCAUUUGAUAUUCCAGAAGCUUGUAGACAGAUUUCCACAUGUAUUAAUCUACUCCUGUAUUGCUUUUAUCGUAGUGGGGCAGCUGCCGUAGCAACUCAGAACAAGUCAGAAGUUUCCAUACAGGGACUUGAGCACACAGCAUUCUGGUUCCACUCUCACCAGUCUCUCACCGUGCUCACAUGUGGAAGGUUCACUUCCUCACAGGCACAUGCUAAGAUGUCAGUGGGUCAGCUUGAGAGGAAAUGCACACUAACCCUAACCCUGACAGUACCAGACUUCCUCCAUUCUGUCAUUCUCUGAUAUUGGAUUUUGAAAACUUGUAUUAAGUUUGUCUGUAAAAUAUUGCAGGGUCAAAAUAUCGGUCACACCUUCAACAGCAAUUACGCUCAGGCAGUGUCUGUGCUCAAAGUGAAACAAGGGUCACGUUGUUUUAACAAGGUGAACCAUAGAUAGAUCAGCCAUCAAACUGGUCACUUAGAGAUCACGGUGCUCAGAAUGGAGUAUUACAUUGUGAUCAGAAGCGUCCACAUUUUCAGAGAGACUUACUGAUCAUUGUGAAUCUGACAGCUUGUUUUUGUAUGUGUGUCAUUUAUCAACACACCAGGACAGUGGACCAAUUAAGAAAGCAUUGAUAAAUUCACCAGUUCAAUAAUUCAGUAAUUACAGCGCAUCACAUAAUGGGGAACAUAUGGUGACAGCGCUCCCUCCAAUCAGACUGACAGGGGCCCUAAAUCUGGAACAAAACUGAACUGGUUUGGGUCGGCGGCCCAAUAUGAUAUACUUUCUCGGGGCCCAAAAUCUCUAGUGGCGCUGUCUGGGGUAUUUGGGUGUCCUUUCAUACUUUCUGUUUUCAACUGAUGCUCUGUGAUUUUUCCUGCCAUUGUGAUUUACAAUCCCAGCUUCAAUGUAUCCUGUAUACACAUGAAGAUAAACAAUAGUAUUUUCACACAGAACCUCAUCAUUUGACAACGGCGUCCAUGGUAAGGAAAGGAGAAAUGACCAAGACCAUAUUCACUUUCGGGUGGUAUUUUAAGCUUUAAAUAAAGAAAGUACCUUCAUGUGAUUACACGAUGAAGUAUUUCACACUACUACUAUAAUUUAAAAACAAAGCUCAUUCAGCAAAUAAUCGUUUUGAUUGAUUAAUUGCAUUGUUGAUCUGUCUAAUAGUUGAUUUUAUACAUAUCCUCAAAAAUUUGGUAUUAUUUUACAACAUUAGUUUUAUAUCGUCUUGUUUAGCCAUUAUCGACAUUGAUCACGACAUUUUUCUUGGUGCACUUGCACUGUAUACCGUAUUUAAAAUUUGUGACGUUAGAUGUGUUUAAUGUGUUACAAGCUGCAGUCCUGUCUAACUGUUGUCAAGUGGCUCUUUUAAGAUCUCAGUGUUUGCUUUUCGUUUUUUCUGAAACUGCUCAAGGUGUUGGUCAGUUGUGGACUGUAUGGUGAAAAUCCUGACAAAAAAUAAGUCAUACUGUAAAAAAUUUUGUGACCUAAAUGCUGAGUUGUGAAAAUAAAUUAUUACUGUCUGUUAAGGGCUGAUUGUCAUAGGUUAUGGUGUCAUAUUGAGAUUAUUCAGCUGUAAGUGAUGUUCUUGCACCAGAUUUUUGUGCAUUAUAAAUGGAUAUCAUCUUUGCUUUUGGAAGUAGUACUUAAAUACUCUUCAAUAAACUAACUAGUUUGUAAGGAGCUUCCUGUUGUUUACAUUGUGCUGCCAGAAGAAGGAUUUUAUA